AUGAAGAUGGAGCUGGAAUCACUGGGUCUCUGGCCAGGUUCCCUUCCUGUAAGCAACCCCAUGAAGAUGGUGUCACUGUGGCGUUUCCCACCCCAGCCUGAACUGAUAGACAGCAUAUCACAUUUUCCGUCGCCAUCGUACUUUCAGCUUCACCCGUUUUUCAUAUGGAAGCCGGAGAACGACAUUAUGGCACGGCUGAGGAACACCUACGCCUUGCCUUGUGUUAAAGGUUGUCUUCAGCCUCAGGUUACCUCUGCAGGUGUUGGCAGACCUCGUGUCAUUGUGGGACUCACUGGACAGUACUACCUGUUUUCAUCCAGGCUGUGCUGCAAAGUCUGCAAGAGAAGAUGGUUUGCGGACAAUCCACAGUGGCUGGAAAAGCUUCCAAAGAGGUUUACAAAUGUGUUGCCAGCAACGCUGACCUACAAGAAGGCCAUUUGUAAAUCAGUCAUGGACGAACUAAGACGCACUGGGAACUCCCCCACAGACAUAACAAAUCAAGUAAUGGAGGUAAUGCACCUUAAGUAUGAACGUGCCAACCUGGCUUACCUACUCAGCUGCCAGAACAUUAUGGAUGGUGAGUCUGGAAAGUACGGGCAACAAACCAUCACACAGUUCAUACGAAAGGAAACGAAACCAGCUCCUUUCGGCGAAUAUGGUGAUUCGGACGGCUGGAACGGGAUUUCUGUUUCGUCACACUACCUGAUUGACUGUCUACUGAGCGAGUACCAGCACCAGGAAGGAGCCAUCAACAAACUGCUGCAAGGCACUUUUGGACAUGCUUUCCGCUCAGACCACACCCGCAAGGUUGCACGCAAGGUCACCUUUUCAUCUGGAGCCAUGUCAUCAUAUGCAGUGAUGAAUGAACACUGGAUGAUCGUUUCAUGGGUGAUGGUACAGUCGGAGACAGAAAAGUCACUGAGGCCCAUGUACGAAGGACUGUCUAACCGGUACGACACUGCGGGCAUAGAGAAGGCCCGGUACCACUGGGUAGACAGAGAUUGCUGUGCAGCCUUUAAGGUGGCCGAGUGUGCACAGGGAGAGCACCUACAGUGGGAAGCUUGGCAGACGUCUGAUGUGAUAACUGCUCAGGCCACUUCUGGGACUUUGCUGAAUGUCUGUGCAUCAAGGGCCUAUUACAACACGGCCAUAACCAUCAAACUGGAUCUGUUCCACUGCAUGCGCCGGUUCCUCCGUGAGUGCGUCUCAGAGCAUCAUCCCCUGUACAGUUCCUUUGCCCAGUUCCUGUCUGCAGCCUUCUCUGUGGUGGAUCAGGAAGACCUGCAGAGGCUGAAGGAUGCCUACACGUUUUGUGGCAUUCAACCUGCUAAUCCCACUAAACAGCACAUUCGUGAACACUGCAGGACCAAGAUUCCAGGGCCGGAUGAGUUAAUUCAGAGAGUGGAGGCGGUUUUGAAACACUUCUACCUCGCUGAAGAUCCAAAUGGGACUCGUCUGUUUAAGCCCUCUAUGUUAAAGGUGUGGCGGAUCCAGCGUGUGCACAUCCUGCGAGGUUGUCUGAGUGACCCAGAGGUGGAAGGUGGGAUCCUGUACAGACAUGGAGGAACGCUGCAGUUGAACCAUGUGAAGGGCGAAGGUGCCAAAGUUCCUGUUUGGAUCCCCAUCAGAGGCACAUCUCAGCAGGAGGGUUACCACUUCCACCAGGCUCAGUGGGUCACAGGAACAUGCGUUUCUCCAGAGCUGUUUCAGGCUCAAGGAAUGACUGGGGUGGCUCGAUGGAACUACCAGCGGCUUGUGGACUUGAAACAGCCAGGGGUUUCCCUCCCAGCUGCCUUUGACCCAGCUUUGAUUGCAGACCUCAAUGCAGCGUCUGGACGUGUGUUUGGGACUGUGAAGUAUCCUGCUCUUCAUCUGUGUGGCAAAGACACUGGGGAGAAGUUUGGCCUGGAGUACGUGGAGCCUGGUACCCGUCCUGUUCCUCUGCAGUGGGAUAAGCACAGGACCAAGACGGACUCAACACCUGCCCCAAGUCCACCUCCUCGGAGCAGUUCACCUGUGGCCCAGGCUGAAGCUCUACAAGGACCCCCCACCGCUUCACCAAAGCUGUUUUGUUUUUCACCACGUCCUCCGGUGGAACCUGCAGAUGAGACUCCAGCACCAGCAUGUGGGCCUGUCAAAGUUCAAGAAAGCAUGUUUCCACCACCUCUGCCCCUGAAGCCCUCACCAACUGCUGCUCGCACUGGACCUGUAAAGACAGGAGGACGGGUUUUUGUGUUGGACCACAGGCGCUGGCCAGCUCCUAUGAGGAAGGUCAUCGAUGACUUGCUGACCAAAUACCAUGGACAGAAGGACAUGCUCAGGCUUGUGGACCACGAGUAUGCAGCUCUAGUUCACAAGUCCUGUACGGAUCCGAACAGUUUAUUACACCCCACAACCAAAUUGCACAUUUCCCAGUACGUUAAGCACCUUAGCAAGGCUAUGAACACCAGCUCUUCUCUGAAUGUAAGUCCAGAGAAAGUACAAGAGACACAACAACUCUGGCACACUCUGACAGCAGGAAGUGAGACCACCAACGUGCCUGUUGUGGCAAUGCCUUCUCCUACAACAAUUCCACCCCCACCUGUUCAGUCCCCUGCCAACAUAUCUUUAACACAGGAGGCUAUUGAAAAAAUAGUUUUAGGCAUUAUGGAGAAGCAGCAGCAGCAGAGGCAGGAAGAGGAGCAAAAGAAGGUCCGGACAAAAACCUGUCAGUCUUGUGGGCAGCGCAAAUCGAGGUACCACAACGAUGGUUCCUCGUUCCACUUCUUCUACCAGCAAGGUCCCAUCAGGUACUUUUACUGCUCCACAAAGGUUUUUAAAACCUAUGCUGCAGAAGGUCUCACCAAUCCUGCAAUGCCAUUUGCAGACUUUGCCAAAACAGACUUUUUUCAGCGGGAACUGGACGCUACCAAGAAAAAGGUGGAGGAGAAAGGGCAACAGAAAAGAAAAAGAACUGAGCCUGAGCCUCCUCUUGCAUCUCCAUCCACAGGACGCAGGUGUGGCUUCUGCCGAAAAGAACUGAAACAGGGCCCCAACAGCCCUCACAUACACACCGGCUUCCCUGGUAUUGCUGGCAAAUACAUUUACUGCCCAGCAAAAGUUCUCUCCUUGUAUGAGGAUAAGGGUAUGGAGAGAGAGAUGACCUGGAAGGAGUUUCAGGCAUCUCCUUUCUUUAAUAUGGAAAGAGAGAGAUGGGCAGUAGAGAAGGGAAAGCGGUGAGAUAUUCAGUGAUAUUUGCACAUUAUUUCUUUUUGUAAUGAUGUUCCUGUCACUUUUGGAUUUUUUUCUAAUUGACACAUAUAUAUAUACAUAUACUUGUUUCCAUUGUAAAUAGUUAAGCUGGUUUUAUACUAUAUUUUAGUUCAUCAAACACUUUGUUACAUUUUUCUUAUUUAUAAAUAUUUAUUUUUUCUUUGCAAAUAUGUCUCCCUGCUUUUGAACUAUACUUUAGUUGAUCAAACACUUUGUUACAGUUUUAUUAUUUAUAAAUAUUUAUUUUUUUCUUUGCAAAUGUGUCUUCCUGCUUUUGAACUAUAUUUUAGUUGAUCAAACACUUUGUUACAGUUUUAUUAUUUAUAAAUAUUUAUUUUUUUCUUUGGAAAUAUGUCUCCCUGCUUUUGAACUAUACUUUAGUUGAUCAAACACUUUGUUACAGUUUUAUUAUUUAUAAAUAUUUAUUUUUUGUUUGGAAAUAUGUCACCCUGCCUUUAAACUAUAUUUUAGUUCAUUAAAAGCUUUUAAUUAAUAUUG